AUGAAAGUGUUGAUCUUCUUAGCGUUUGGAUGUUUAACAGUUUAUGCCUCGCCAUCACUACGCGUCAGUGGUGAAAAUGGUUGGUAUAUACCGCAAGAAAAUGGCUCCUUCAAAUGGAUUGAUAUGCAUAAAGCCGAUUCUUAUCUCAAGUCCAUAAGAAUAAUUAAAGACUUUAAAUUGCUUACCAAUCCUGUAGAAUACUAUUUAUAUACUAAAUCGAAUCCUACAAGUGGCGAAAUAAUUACAGCCGAAGCAGACUCCAUAAACGCUUCCAAUUUUAAUUCAUCAAAUCCAACCAGAUUUGUCGUGCACGGUUGGACCCAAAGCUGGCUCUCGGAUAUGAACAUAAGAAUACGUGAUGCCUGGCUCAGUCUGGGAGAAUACAAUAUCAUUAUAGUUGACUGGGCCCGUGCUCGUUCGGUUGAUUAUUAUACCUCUGUUUUGGCUAUACCCGGAGUGGGCGAACAAGUUGCCAAUAUGGUUGAUUAUCUGGCUAGUGUGUACAGCAUGUCUUUGAAUACUUUACAUGUUAUCGGUUUUAGUUUGGGUUCUCAUGUGGCUGGUUAUUGUGGCAAGAAUGUAGUGACCGGUCAAAUUCGCGUCAUUAUAGGUUUGGAUCCAUCCUUGCCUUUAUUCAAAUACGAAGAACCCGAUAAACGUUUAAAUAAUAACGAUGCUUACUAUGUGCAAUCCAUACACACCAAUGGUGGUCAAUUGAGUUUCUUGGAAGCUAUUGGUCGUGGUGCUUUCUAUCCUAACGGUGGCGAAUCUCAACCGGGAUGUAUUUUGGAUGUUACUGGUGUGUGUUCUCAUUUUCGUUCCUAUAUAUACUAUGCCGAAGCUGUUGCUAAAAACAAUUUUGGAACAAUUCAAUGUGCAAAUUACGAAGAUGCUGUUGCCAAAGAUUGUGGAAAUGUUUUUAGCUCUGUACGAAUGGGUGCUGUCAGUAAUGCCGACAUGGUUGGUGGUGUCUUUUAUGUACCCGUUAAUAGUCAAUCUCCUUAUGGUAUUUUGUCUUAA